CAGGAAGUCUGGUGGUGGGAAUGCCAGGACAGGACACAGACCCGGUCAGGAGAAGCGCGGGCACAUUUUUCCGAGAAACUGCCUCCCACGGAGGGACAAUAAUCAGAGGCGGACCGGACCGGACUGCUAAAUUGAGGCGGGGGAGACUUUGAGGAACCAGGAAGAACAGCAAUUCAAGCAUGGAUCAAAGUAGCGAAGGAUGUACAAAAAAGAUUAGCAGUAUGAAUAUUGACAAACUUAUAAAGGAUUUUUCACAGAUAGAAAAGAAAAUGAUAGAAACCAGUGGAAAGAAUAACAUACUGGAAAUUCAGUUGGAAAAGUGUACCUCUUUAUUAAAAGUAGUGCAAACAAAAGAAGCCUCAAUUAAAAAAGAAUGUGCUGCUCUUCAUGAUAUGAUAAAAGGGCUACAACAGACCAUUGAAUAUCAACACAAUUUGAGAGGUGAAAAUGAACAACUAAAAAGAAAUGCUGAUAUGACAAGGGAAAACCUGAAAUCUCACAAACAGGACUAUAAGAAUAAUAUUGCCAAACUUGUACAUGAAAUGAAAAUCAAAGAGGAAGAACAUAAGAUAGAAAUAAGCAAACUUUAUCAAGAUAUGCAGAAAAAAGUUGAAUUAAAUGAAGAAAAGCACAAAGAUCUAAUAAAGAAAAAGGAGAUGGAAAUCUCAGAGUUAAAUACAAAGUUAAUAACUCAAGAAAAAGAAAAGCAAAAUGAAAUAAUCAAACUACAGCUGGAGUUUGAUGCCAAACUAGCAAGAGUUCAGACUAAGUCAAAACCAUAUCCAGAUGCUACUAUUUCCCCACAGAGUAUCUACAGAAGGAAGCUUCAACAUCUUCAAGAAGAAAAAAACAAAGAGAUUGCAGCUCUUCGUAAUACCAUUCACAAUUUGGAGCAGCGCCUUUCUAUUGGCAAAGAUUCUCACCUUAAACGUAGACGAUUUUGAAUAUAGCAGUAAAUUCAUUAAUUACUAUUUACUUUUUUUAAAAGCAAUUGAAAAAUUCACUUCCAUUUUCAAUAUAAGUAUACUACCUAAAUAGCCUAAAUAAUAAAUGAGACAGCUUUAAACAUUUUUAUUAUUGAGUUUAUUUAGACAGAUCCAUACCUUGGCCAAUCAUCUACUACAUUCUUGCUUAAUGGUAUUAUCCACAAAGGAGUUCAAGUUUAUAGGGUUUCGUUUACCUAUUAAACCAUCAUUGACUAUGGAAAUACUCUCUAAGCAGUCUAUAGACAUUUCUUUUUUUCUUUCCCAUUAUAGCCAUUCAAAAUUCAGAAGUGUGACAUAACGUUAGAUAAAGAAAAUAA